AUGGGGCCAAGUGAAGGUUUAAUAGGCUUGGAGGAGAUCGCAGUAGUGGUAGCAGUGCCUACAAAACCAAUAUAUGGAACAAAUCACUCUGUGGUGUCAGAGUUUGUGUUCCUAGGACUCACCAAUUCCUGGGAAAUACAACUUCUCCUCUUUGUAUUCUCCUCCAUGUUUUAUGUGGCAAGCAUGAUGGGAAACUCCCUCAUUAUUCUCACUGUGACUUCUGACCCUCACUUACACUCCCCCAUGUACUUUCUGUUGGCCAACCUCUCCUUCAUUGACCUGGGAGUUUCUUCUGUCAGUUCCCCCAAGAUGAUUUAUGACCUUUUCAGAAAGCAUAAAGUCAUCUCCUUUGGUGGCUGCAUCACUGAAAUCUUCAUCCACGUCAUUGGUGGUGUGGAGAUGGUGCUGCUCAUCGCCAUGGCCUUUGACAGAUAUGUUGCCAUAUGCAAGCCUCUCCAUUAUCUGACCAUUAUGAGCCCAAGAAUGUGCAUCUCCUUUUUAGUGGCUGCCUGGAUGACUGGCCUUGUCCAUUCCAUGGUUCAACUGGCUUUUGUGGUAAACUUACCCUUCUGUGGUCCUAAUGUGUUGGACAGCUUUUACUGUGACCUUUCUUGGUUCAUCAAACUUCACACUGCAAAGGCUGUGAGGUAG